UUGAACUCGAAACCAGUAUCAGUGGGUCUUCGCUUAUGGAAGGUGCUAAAAAGGUUUCAUUUUGUCAUGGAAUCAGGAGAUCCAACUUUUCUGUCUUUACUUCUUUCAAUUGGUCGCGACUUAACGGAUGAAGAUUUCGAGAAUUUGAAGUUUUUAUGCCAGGGAACUAUCCCAGCCAGUCACCUGGAAAAUUUGACUCGUCCGCGCGAGUUAUUUCUGGAACUCAUUCGCUGCUGCGAUCUCAGCGAACAGAAUAAGGACCCACUUUCUACUUUACUUUUCCAUAUUAAUCGGCACGAUCUGAAUAAUCGUCUUCUCGGUGUUGAAGGUACGUUCCUGUCUUUUGAUUUUUCACUUGGAGAUGGAAAGAGGUUGAGAUCCUAGAAAACAAAAAAAGUCUUAGCUUAUUUUGAUUUAAUAUAUAAAAAAAGAUUAAUGGGUGGGGAAAUUAGCACUUUAUAAUUUUAGCCUCCUUUAUCUCUUUCACCUUAGGAUAUGAAAUGUAUUGUACACAGUCAUUUUAUUGGCCAUGUGAGCGUAAUUGUAAUGAGUUGCGAUCCGUUUUUAUGGGCAACUAUAGUAGCAAAAAUACGUGUUCAUGGCUUUGCUCAACCAUCACCUUAAUGUCGUCCUACUGGGAACAUUUUAAAAAGUUCUUUCAAUUUUAAAAUAAUAACACGGAAUUACCCCGCUUAACACUUCUGAAGAAGACUUACCCAGCUAACAAUUCACAUGGCUGUCAGGUGAAAUAUCUGCUGGGUGGGUGGAUUCCGAUGGCUGUCAUAGAAGAUUUGGACUGGACUUUAAACAGAGGACUCUUAAUUAUGGUAUGAAUGUAGAAAUUACUUUUGCAUGUUGGCAGGGUUGUUGCUGGGAAUUGAUCUCAUUAUAUCCUUCAUAGCAGUCAUCUCCUGGGAGGGCAGGGGGAAGGGGGAGCAUGGGGAGCAUGGGGUAAGCAGAAGCAGAAGGGAAGAUGAAUAGGCGAUUUUCACAAUGAUUAUAUUUGACUACGACUAGCAGAAUUUAUUUUGGUUUUUGCUCUCUUAUUGAAAUUUAUCGGUCCCACUGAGGUUUAGAUAAUAAUAUUAUUCACCGAAGUGGAGAUGGCUAGUGGUGGAAAAUUUACCAAGGACAUGAAGCGGCGAGCUAAAUAUCCACCACCACACUGAAGUGAAUAAUUGUUUCAGUACAUACUAACACGGUGAGAUAAUUGAGCAAAAAAAUGAUGAUUUUUAACUCAUUUACUGUUGCUGACAAUUACAAUUUUGGCACGCAAUGACCGAACGCCGCGGUCGUCGUUUUUUCUUGCCAACAAAUAAAACUUUUGAAGCCAUUUGAUUGGCUCUUCCAGGGAAACGUCCUCAAAAGGAGUUGUGAAUUCUUUUCAUAUUUAAAAUCAUUCUGUAAAAAAGAUUAUUAAAUUUAGUUUAAGCUUAUUUAUGAACAAGUCAACUAAAUAAAGUAACGCAGGAGUUAAGCUUAACCCAUUCGCCCCUGAACCGCCUGUAACCGCCCGUGCGGAUCCACGUCCUUUCUACCCUUUGUGACGUCAUCAGUUUUGACGGCCAAGGACAAUUUUGUCCGCUAACUUGUGCAGAGUGAAGAGAUCUUUCAAACCAUACCAGAAUGAGCACAAUUCAGUCAAGGACACCGGAGAAAGAAGCAAAAAACCAUGUGACAUUGACCUGAAAAUCUCAAUGAAAAUCUUGUUCCAUUCCUCACCUACCUUUCCUUUCACCUAAUCCUAAUAUCCUAAAAGCUUUCCUUUCUCAACAACGUUUUACAAGGGUAGGCUCUGCCUGUCAACUAUUAUGUAACGUCAUUAUGGACUGAAAAAGUACCCCUUUGAGCAGAUUGAUUGGCUCCUGAUACCUUUUAAUGAAAAAUGGUAUUUCUCUCACAUACAUGUACCCACUUAGGUUUCUCUAAAGUGCUUUUCAAAUUGCGUAGUCCCAAGGCUACAUUAUUCUGUGCAGGCAAUUGGGUCACAUGGUUUAAGCGAAGAAGUGAAGCCUAGACAAAAUUUUUGUAGAGGUGAGACAAAAGUGAGACAUCCCAUGUGGUGGUUUUCAAGACCUGAGAGUUUCACAUUUCAAGGUUAAAAAUAUACCAUGAAAAGACACAGAUGGGAGGGAAAGUUCGAAAGAAUGCUCAGUUUUUUUUGGUGGACAAAGGAGGAAUUUGAUGUUUUCUUCACAGCCCAGCGCUUGGCAUAUUUUGAAAUGCAACCAAGUGGCGAAUUAAGUUUUUGAAGAAUUUAGAGGUAUAUUUUGUACUCUAUACUCAACAAAAUGACGUUUUUAAAAAAUAAAGUUAUGCAUUUGUAAAUAUCUUUAUACGAUAUAUACAUUUUGAGAUAAGCUUGGGCCCUCCAAUUAAUUUUGAGAUUUGUGUUGAAUUUUGCCAUGUUGAUUUUACUUGCAUGAACAGAUCCACAAGCCAGUCAGUGUUAUGCAUAUAAUUGCUCUUAAGGAUUCAUUUAUGGCUUUCUGAAUCAUUUUUUUCGAGAAAUAGUUUCUCUGUCUGUUGUUGUGUGUUCUUUCAUUGAUUACAUUAGCUCAAAACAUGAUCCUGUAUUAUGUUGGUAAAUUUUUUUAGAAUUUUUACUUUAUUUAUGUUCAGUUUUUUUGCACUUUUUGAUAUGCAGCGAUGACUUUUAUUUGAGCAUAUGGUUUUCUGAUUAUUCAAGAUUUGCACUCAUAAGUUCACUACAAGGAGGGUCACUAAAGUAUCGUCUUUGAAGACGUGAUAACUUUGAAAAUUUGUGAGGUCUUUUUAUUUUAAAAUCAGGUAUUUAGGAGCAACAAACUCCAAUACAUGUUCAUUUAGACUGAGAAGAUUGAAGGAGGAGAAAUCAGACUUCACAGGGAUAUAAAUGAUAUUCUGAUGAUAUGACUUUUCAAAGUUGGCAAAAGUCAAUCUACUAAGUUUCGCAAAUAUCGACUUGGGUCUUAAAACCAUAAUUUCCUGCUGUUUGCAACAUCUUAAGGGGGUCAAGAAAGUUUGAUAUUUUCCAAAAGAAAUGCAUGCAUGCGCAAUUUUCUGUUUUUGUUUAGGCAUUUCCCGCCUGUUUGCCUUGGAUAUUAUGAUAGAAGUGAAUUGACAGAGACGGCAUGAGAAAGUGCCGUACAGGGACUAGGCAAUGUUUGAAACAUUUUGAUACAUUAGAGGCCUUUUCAUUUGCUUCGGCUCUUGAAAUCCAUACCCUUUCAUAAACCAAGUCUGAAAAAGGUACCCCUUUCAGGUGGAGCCUCCCAAUUAGGAAUAUAGGCCAUUAACCCCUUGACUGUCAAAUUUAGCCGAAAGCAAAUUUCGACCAAAUUUCCGAAUUUCAUGUUGUGAAAUUUUGAAAAACAAAUAGCACCAUGUGUAAGUACAGGCCAUGUGUAAGUACCGCUUUCAUUUGAAUAGCCACAUCAUAGGAUUUUGUCUGCAGAUUAAAAAAUGAGAGUCACCUUACAAAACUCCAUCAAACACUCUUGCAGUGAAAGGGUUAAAGGGAGUACCCAUCCUCCACCAGAAUAGUUUUGGGCUUGAUUUCUUUUUUUUUAAACUCAGAAAUGGCCUAUUUUGUAUAAGCUGGAAGAGAAGGUAGAAAAACAUUAAGUCAUUGCAAGGGCUAAGAGAUAGUAAAACCAAAGCAUUAACAAAGGUGCAAUAUUGGUGCAAUACAGUGAAGAUGAACACAUUUUGAAUUUACGGAAGAAAUCUUGCCCUGAAAUACUGUGUGCUUACAUUUGGUUUCCCUCAGAGAUGGAAGUGUAUUUCCCUUUAGCUCCUCAGACUGUGGAGCAAAUGGGCAGAAUACUUGUAUCUGAACCAGUGUUCCUAAACAAUUGUUACUCAGACAAUGAAAACUUCGUAGCAGAUUCAACUUGUGAACUGCAGAAAUACAUAUUUAAAUGAAGAUAUGAUUGUCACAGCGGUAAUUGCAAUUUGAACAAUAAUUAUUGCAAAUAAACGCAGAGAUGCCAACCUCUGGAGACCUAAAAUCGGGAGACUGCCUUUUUUUCACUACCCCCCCCCCCCGAAAAAUUGACCCAGCCCCCAAUGGGAAUGACUUAGGACAUUAUAUGACGUCUUACAUGAUUUACAUACUAUCAAAAUUUUGAUGGUAGAAAUAAUCUUUGUCAGUGACUAAAUAUGUGCAAAAAUGCCCCAGAAACCGUACUGCGAAUAAGAAAAAUUCAAGUUUUGAGCUAAAAAUGGGCUAAAUCUCAAACUAAGUCUGCUUUAUUUAGUAUUCAAUAUUUAUAGUGGACGUAAAAAGAGGGAGAUUUAUGUACCAGAGCGGGAGACGAGGCAAAAAUGCAUAAGUCUCUCCGGCCAAAAGUGGGAGAGUUGACAUCACUGUAAAUGGCGAAAAAAGUUCGGGGCUUCAGUGGGAUUUGAACCCAUGGCCUCUACGUUAGCACUGCAGUACUCUACCAACUGAGCUAUGAAGACCCAUACCCAUGGGAGCAGGCCAAUUUCUUUCAUGAGUUAAAAUGAACUCAAUAAAUUGAAAACUGGUGAAAAAAUGUUUUGUUUAAAAAUGCUAAUUAAGUCUUGUGUUUGAACUUUAUUUAGCUGGCAUGUUCAUAAAUAAGCUUAAAACUACCGGGUAAGUACCGGUAAAUGCUUUUUUUACAAAAAAUACACAACUCCUUUUGAGGAAAUGUUCCCGCAGGAGCUAAACAAAUGCCUUCAAAAUUUUUAUUUAUUUGCAAGAAUUCGAAAACGUGACAGCCAUUUGCUCACCAAAAUAAUUUGUAAUCUUUGGCAGCAUUUAUGUGCUCAAUUAUCUCAAUGUUUUAGUGUAUUAAUAAAACAAUAAUUCUUUCCCUCAGUGUUGGUGGCUAGAGGUGGUAGUAAAUAUCCACCUAUAGCCACCUCCACUUCAGUGAAUAAUACUUAUAAUUAUUACUUAUUACAUUUUUUUUUCUGUGAUUUAUUAGGAGGAACUGUAACCAAGGCUUUUAACUACUUGGGUGGGAUUCCCUGUAAAGUUCCCAAUUUUGUGGGACGAAAAGAGAACUGUGCCACAGUGCUGGAUAAACUGGAUCCAAGCAACCCCUGCAGGAUAGUUUCUAUCACUGGUCCACCUGGUUUUGGAAAGUCAGCAGUGGCUAUAGAAGUAGGACAUCAGCUGAUCUCACAAAAAAGGUCACACGUGUACUACAUCUCACUCAGGGACUUGUCAUCAUUAAAUGGCAUGGUUAAUUCUCUCCUUGGAGCUUGUCAAAUUGUGGCCAGCAAAGAGCCCAUCCAUCAGGCAAAACAUUUUCUUCGUUCAUUGAACACUUACUCUGUGAUAAUCCUGGAUAAUGCAGAGGAUAUGCUGGUUCCUAAGGUGAAAGAUGAAUUUUGCCGCUUCAUUGAAGUUGUUGCAGAAACAUCUUCUAAUGUCAAAAUCUUGAUCACGUCACGACAGUCAGUCACAUUUUUUUCAGUAGACAUGUUUGAACUUUGUUUGGACUCUCUUUGCCCAGAUGAUGCUCAACAGUUGCUGUUAUUAUUGGAUCCAAAUGUGGCAGAGGAUGAUGCAAUGCAGUUGGUUGCUCACUGUGGUGGAGUACCUUUGGUUCUUCGCACCACAGCAUCUCUCCUGGUAAAGGGAGUUGAUGCUAAAGCCCUGAUUAAUGAAUUUGAGAUGAGCCCAGUGUCAACGCUCAAGUCAUUCAGCCUAAGCACACUGUCACAUAAUCAUCAGUUGUUCAACUGUCUUGGCAUCUGUUUUAGCCGCCUUGAUGGUGACCAACAAGUUGCUCUGAUAUCUUUAUCAGUUUUUCCCACAACAUUCACUGUCCCAGAUGCCAAGUUUCUGCUUAGAGACAUGACUGAGUAUAAACUUGAAAUGUUGCUUAAGAAUCUUGUUGAUAACUCAAUGCUUCAGUUUGACCACUUGUCAAGGCAGUAUUGUGUACACAGUAUUAUUCAGUCUUUUUGUCUUGACACAGUGGAUCAGGAAACUGACUUGCUUCUAAUGUAUCAAUCAGCCAAGAAGUUGUUCAACAUUCACUAUUUAACCAUGCUGAAAGAACUGUAUGCUACGUUUCUCACUAAGAAGUGCUUUAAAGCCGCACAAAAGUUUUUGAUAAAUCGACGCAAUAUCAGGCAGGCCUUGAAUGACUCCUUGAGUGACGCAGAUCUGAAGGAAAAGUGCAUUCACACAGCUAUUGAGGUUUUUCCAUUCUUAGCCAAAGUAUUCCAAAAAGAAAAGUUCCUCUCAGUUUAUGGUCAGUUUACAGCUCAGUGUAAAGCAAAUGGAGACAUGAAACGCUACAGUGACUGCUUGACUGCUGAAGCAUACUGCAUCCUUUCACAUUGUGCUUGUCAUCUUCCUUGCCCCCCUGCUGUAGCCAAGUUUGAGGAGGCUGACAAGAUACAAAGAGAGCUUGGGGAUGAUUCAUCGAUUGUCCGGGCAUUUUGCUUGAGCAAACUAGGUCGCUGUUUUGGUCAGAAAAAGGAUUUGGAGCAAGCUAUAUGUCUCAUUGGAAAGUCAAUUGAAAUCAGAGAGAAACUUAAGGAUAGGAUUUUUGUGGCUGUUGCUUACAAAGAUCUUGGAGGUACUAUAUAAUAUGUUAAUCUGUGUUUAGUUCACCCAUUAGUUUAAGAUAAUUAGCAAAUAAUUAUUGAAUGAGGCUGAGUUUGAUCUGAGGAAUCAUGCAGAUCGAGGAGAGUGUUAUCCACUGACUGACUGACUCUAUGGCCAACCUCGACGGUAUGAUAGGAUUAGGUCUUUGGUAAAUUAGUAAUUUGGUGAACUGUGGUGAGGAAAGAAUGUGAUAAGUAUAGACAAAAUGUGAUGCGGUAUCAAGGUUCAAAAUAAUUUUCAGACAGUGGCUGGACACGAUGACUGACCAAAGAAGUUUUUGCUCAGUCAAGUCUCGUUUUCUGACUAGUCAAAACAGUGGGGAAAAGUGAACUAAUCCUUGUUCAAUUUUUCUAUUAAUGAACGUGAUGGUAUUUUUACAAAGAGACAAAAUCUAAGAUUUACUGGUGAGGAUUUGUCUGUGUGACCGGUCAACAUGAUCGGCGAGUGGAGCUUUUGGCCAGUCAAGACACCAUACUAGCCGGACUUUGUCUGUUGAUAAUUCUGUACGUCAUCAGAAACUUUCGUUGACUUUUGCUCCAGACUUUCACUCCAAGGUGAAAACUCAGUUCCAUUAAACUAGUAUAUUGCCUAUUACUGCACUCAUGCGUGCAAGAUAAUCAAGGAAUGUCUAUUUUCCCAGCUUCAGUAAAAUAUCGACAUAAGACUCUUUUGAACCGCGUCGACGUUAAACAGCGUCAAAUUGGCAUUUGAAAAAAUUAAAGCGCCUGUUACUAGUCCAUUGUUCUGGUAGCCUGCGUAGCAGGCGCUUAGAAGUAGUGGGCGCAAGAAAGAAAGGGCGCGAGGGAGGGAGACACGUGAGGGGUGUCUCCUUCUCGCGCGCCCGUUUUUUUUUGCGCCCACUACUUCCAAGCGCCUGCUACGCAGGCUAUUGUUCUGGCCAGAAACUCUAAACCCCUUAUGAGUUUCUGUCUGGCUCUUCCCACGUUCACUACUUGAACAUCGCGCUCCAGUUGGUUAAUUUAUUACGCGUUGUUCUUGCGAGAUUCUGGAAGAAAAUAGUAGUCAGGCAGUCAUGUGUUUUUGACGAUGCUGUUAGGGAAAGCUCUUCGUUUAUUUCCAAAUGUUCCAGAAAUAAAGGAAAAACAAAAGAAAUGUUUAAAUUUAUUGCUUAAGAGGAAAGAUGUUCUUGGAUUGCUUCCAACUGGGUUCGAAAAAAGCCUGCUUUACUAACUGUUUGAAAUUAAGUGUUGACAGGCCAAACACGACUCGUGAUAAUGUAAAACGUUACCUUGGGGUCUAUUUGAACAACAGGUUUUCUCUCUUCUUUUUCGCCCCUAGGUUUGGACAUGAACUAAACUUUGACUGAGCAAAUCUUAUUUUUGCAGCACUGAGUCUUACAUUAUUGAGUUUUGAUUCAUGCUCUCGUAGUUGUUAUUUCCUGUGGUUAAUGCUGCUGUGGGUGUUUCUGGUAGCAAGAAAGGUGACAAUUUUCGAGUAAAUUAUCGUGUUUUCAUUGGCCCUUUUGACAUCACCGCCGUCAGUCAGUAUUUGUGGGCGUAGGUGGGAGGAAGAGCCAGAACAAUGGACCGGUUACAAGGGCUUUAUAUUUUUCUUGUGCCCUCGUUUUGUGCUUCGCGCAAAAUACCGCGUUUCGCGUAAAGCGCUUGAAGAAAGAUGAUGCGACAGAGGUAGGAAAUUACAGGCCAAUAUCUUUACUGAGUAUUCGGAGUAAAAUCCUAGAAUCAGAGGUGAAUGACUCCCUGGUACAUCAUGUCUUUAAGGAACAUGGGUUAGCUUCAGACAGACAAUGGGCUUAUUGGCAGGGGUACUCGACUGAACUCCUGCUUGUUCAUCUUACGGAAACAUGGAGAAAAGCUGUUGAUUCGGGUCUCACAGUGGCUGUUGCCUUUGUAGAUCUAGACUCUCGAAAAGCGUUUGAUGGUGUCUCACAUCCAGUCUUGUUGGAGAAAUUACGUAAGAACUUUGGCAUUUGUGAUCAAGCAUUGGGUUGGAUUGCUAGUUAAAAUAGAGGCUGUCUGUCUGUCAUGCAGGCCACACGAUCUUAGGUCAUUUUGUAACAUAGUGCUAUUAUCCACUGGGUCUCUGUCAACAUGGUGCUUUGGUGAAAAGUUGUGCAUUAUUUAGUUAUGCAUGGGUGUAUUCCUAGCUACAUAUAGCACCUGUAGAAGUUAGUUUGAGACUAAAAUAGCCUUCAAGUCAUUUAAGUAAUGAUCCGAGUUAGACGGGAAACAAUUUAUUUUGUUACGGUGCAAUAUGCUUUCCUCUCAUAGGAAUGUUUUUAUUUUCCCUCAGACAAUGCAUAAUCUUCCAAAAAGGUAGUUUAGGAAAUAAGAUGUAUUUAAAAUCGAUUUUUGAAAGGUGUUUUUUUGUGUUAAAAGAUUUCGACCAAUCAUAAGAGUUGCAAAAAAUAGACAAGAAAAGUUGACAAUUUUACAUGUUCCUCACAUAGGAUCUCUGUGUUACUUAGACUUAGACGAGAUUUUGUUAUAAGGAAGUUGGUUGGAAAACAAGGGAUUAAUAUACAUGCUGCUUUGCAAAGAUUUCGUGAAAUUUGAUGUUUAAACCGAUCAAAAGUAUAGCAGAGACAAUAGCAAAGUUGUCACCUUUUUGCAUUCCGAUGUGUUCAUUGCGUUUGAUUCUUUCCUUCUGAUGUGGACCAUUACUAUUUUAUAAAUAUAGUGUACAGCUAUUUUUUGUUUUCCCUCUACUCCAGCUGCCUAUGCAUUCAAUGAAGCUCACAGUGAUGCCAAUAAAGUGAGGGAAGAAAAGUCACUUCCAGUGUACCUAGAGUUGCUUGGAGACCAUCCUUUCACUGCCACCUUAAUGGAAGACAUGGGAGCCUCAUACCAAGCACUGGGAGACUACAGCAGAGCAGUCUCGCUAAUCCGUGAAGCACUUCGCAUAAGAAAACAGGCCCUUGGAGAUCAUCAAGAAACAGCACGUUCCUUCCAUGACCUGGGAAAGGUUAGUGUUACGAGCCGUAGAAUUUGUGAUCAAUGCACAUUAGCUAUUUGGUUACCAGAGGAUUGUUUAGGAUCGCGUUAAAGCCCACAACAGCUUUUCUCACCGGGGUCAAACGGUGCUGAUAAUAUUUGAUAACAGUUUCACUAAAAAUAUUACCACCGUUUGGCCCUGGUUACAGUUACUGUUAACUGUGAUGAUUAAGCCAUUUGUCUUUUUAAUAAGUAACAGAUCACAGUUGGCGUCAAAAUGUGCCAGUUACGGCUUUUUCCAAGUCACUAUUGCUUCGUCUUGGCAUCUUUUUUUCUUCUUAAUCUUACCAGUAAACAGUUUAUCCCACACAGUAUUGGCAAUUCAGAAGAUUAACACUGAAAAAACUAACGGUUAUAUGGCUAAUUUGGUCAAUUUGCGGUCUGUAACUUGCUAUACGGACCAAAAUUUCAAAAGCGAAUGCUCAUUUCGCAGCUCUAAAUAUCUUCAUCUCGAAAAAAGGUUCAAAGAAAGUUAUAAGACGUCUAUCAGUCUUUAGGAUUUGGAUGUUGACUUCGUCCUUCAACAUUUUAACCAGUGUUUAUUUGUUAACCAAAAGCCGAUGAUCAAACUGAAUCAUAAUCUUAUCAGAGAAGAGGAUUCCAUUGAGUUACUUGAAAUCUCAAUCGCAGUAUACAGUUAAGAAGACGAAAAUCGACUGGCGGAGCUUCGAGACGUUUUGCCUAAGGGAAAACUAGCUAUUCGUUCGAUAAAUACGAUAACAAACGUAUCUGCAUCUGAUAAUCUUGAGAAGCGUCUCUGCCAUUUGCAGUAUUUUUUUGCAAAGACCAACGAAAGAAAGAUGGAGGCGACUUUGAACCAGACUCAAAUGUCCAGUUUUCGAAACACUCCAGCGUCACAGUGGCCAGCGAAUACUUACUUGCUCUCAGUUUUGACCAAAUAAACUUUUUCAACAUGACGCAUCUGCAUUUUGAUUAUUUAAUGUUCUAUUGUUUCCGUGACCUAAUUAAAACUUUCAUUUAUUAAAUGACACCUUCAAAUGACUGUCAAAUAGCUUCGGUUGUCCUGAACUUGUUUCAGAUCCUCCAAAUAGGAAGUCAUAUAAUUAACUUCUUAUUAGCCUCGUUUUUUCGGUGCGGAUUCUCUUUUUUUUUGCUAUAAAUCGGUGGAAAAAAGCUCGGUCCGUAAUUGACAGUAUAGGGACCAAAAAAGAAGGCUAAUAGGAGGUAAUUAGAGCUUGCUAGUAUGUGUGUAUCACUGUAUGUAUAGUAGAUCUGUAUUAUAUUUUGUAAGUAAUUUAGCAGCAUUGUAGUCAUUUAGUAAUAUGUAAGUUAUGUAUUAUGUAAGUUAUGUGAGUACUUGCUCAGGGCAGCUAUAAUUGUUGCAUAAACAUUUUUAUACCGUCGACUUUCUUGUACAGUAAAAACCCGUAGCCAAAAUUUGCCAGGUAGCCCCCCUCAAUACAAGAACCUGUUUAGCCUAAAAUUUGAAACAGGUUCUUAUUUUUUAAAAUCUAUAAAAAAAAAUUCUGCACACUUUAGCAAAUAAGUGAACUUUCAGGAUCCUUUUUGGCAGACAUAGGUGCGUUAUUACUCCAACUGCAAUUAUAAUAACGGUAUACAGGUUUUAUUUAAAGGAAUGACCAGAACACCACUAAAUACUCUUUGUAGCUACAACGUAUUUUUUUUCUUCAGAAAAUAUGAACCUAUUUAGGAACCUAAAUAGCCUAAACUUGUUCUAAUUACAAUUUAUGUAAAACCUGUUUAGGUUUACUUCUGAAAAUGCAGGCUCUUAGUUGCGGGUGUUUACAAUAUGACACUCACAUUUCUUGGAGUUUAGGCGUUUUCAAGUCACCAAGAGCUCUUUUUUGUCUCGGUUUCUCCGUUUUUCUGACUUGUAAACAGUUCCUGCUAAACGUUUAUCAAGGCCCUUACUUAAUCUGAAAUAUUAAAUAGGUGGGUUCACACGACGCUCCCAAGUGCACCUGAAGUGCACUUCAAAAGUCUAGUGUGAACUCACCUAAUUCUCACGACAUUUUAUAAAUCGCCCGCGAUGUUGAACAAAACAAAUCAAACAAUUUUUUUCUAUUUUCUUGCCUUAACAGGUGUUAGCAAUCCAAGGAGAUCUACACGAGGCGCUGAAUGCAUUAAGAAGUGCAUUAGCCAUCCAAGACAAGGUUCUUGGGAAUCAUCAGGAGACCGUACGCACACAUAGAGCAAUUGCCCAUGUCUUAGAAAGGCUUGGACGCAACGAUGAAGCAAAGCAUGAAGAGAUGAUAGCAUCUCAGAGAACCUUGUCUAUUGACGAACCGCAGCCUGAGAAGUAAUUGCUUUGACAUCAAAGUUAAAGGCCUAGUUCGCCAAUACCGUCAAACCAGAGUAGUGUCGGCCUCUUAAGAGAGGUACAUCUAUCCUCCCUUAAAGGAGGGAGGUGUUUGUUUGCCGCUGGGACCCUGCUUUAUGUCCACCUCCGUGAGGUGUCCGUAGGAUUCGACAGUAUUAAUAUUGCAAGUCAUAGACUAAGAUGUUAAAGAUGUAACGUACUCACUCAUAAUUCAAUAGCUUUACAGAAAUAACGAAAUCUAAUAGUUGGUGGCAUAGAGAAGUACGUGUUGCAUUUAUCUGUUUUAACAGAAGUUGACAACAGGGUAAGACUUGCAUUAUAACUAGCCUUGCUUAAGCAAAAAAGAAUUAAAACGUUUAUGUUGUAGGGACCCUGUAAAUUAUGUAUAUGUGCAAACCUUAAUUCUACGAUAUAAAUUUACCGUUAUGUCAAAUAGCAAAUUUUUUAUAGUAAACGAAGUCUCAAAUCCAAGGAUAGAAAACUUCUUAGCAUAGACAAGCUUUCGACUUCAACACGGAUUUUUUUUUAAGUGAUGGAGUUGGAUAUUUUGUCACGUGAUUCAUACUGUAUACUGUGAAUCAUGUGACAAAACGUCCCGGUAGAUCGCCCGGGAUUUGUAACCUCGUUUAGCUCGAAAUAUUAUUAUGACAGUUUUAAGCAACUCUUUCUUUGCUGACUGAUUUCUUAAUAUGUAGGGCAUUUCACAAAGUUUAAAGAAAAGUUAGGCGAAAAUUGCGAAGUAAUUACUUCUAAUCAACAUUUUUUCCUUUUUACGUAAUUUGUGGCUGUUAGGUAAGGUACAGUACUCAUGUGGUGUGCAGUCAUCAUUCAUAUCUGCAUUUCCUCAUAGACUCAUUUGCAUGGAGAUUUCCGUUAAGGGCCUGUUUACAUGGAGGAUAGGGACCCCAGGUAUGUGAGUUAACCUGCUCAGAUCGGGUAAAAAAUAACCCACAUUUACAUGCAAUCUUACAACUCCUCCAGCCGGGUGUACUUAAGAUUAUUGAAUGGUCGCUAACUAUGUAAACAACGUUGAAUGCUCUUCUACUCUCACUUGCUGCUUUUGCUGCAACCUUUCAGUGCUGUGGCUUUCUAUUUUAACUUUUAGUGAUGGAAAGCGUCCGUCAAAGGGAAUUUGGCCCGAAUUUGAUGUAACUCGAACUCGACCCCUGCUAGGCGGCUUACCCAACCUUGAAACGUUUGCAUGGCAAAAUUUGACCCCGGCUGAGAGGGUUAUUCAGUCUGGCAGACCGGACAACCCGCCUCGGCGGGUCACCCCACCUGUCAUGUUAACCUGAUGAAAUUUAAAAUGAGAGAUUAUACUCACAGGCGGGUAACCUUACGUAAGCGGCUUUCCUCCUCCACCUCCAUGUAAACAGGCCCUAAGAGUGUUUUACCAGGAAUAUUAUAUAAGCUCGGAUAAAACAUUGUGGUUAUUGUAUUCUUUUCACUUAAAAACGAUGCUAAACGGAUCAGAAACAAAGUAUUCUUUAAACACCUCGCAACCCCUCUUAAAGAUCGGUUUUUACUGCGCUUUUCACAAUGCAAUGAAUUUUUUAAGGCCCGGUCACAACCUCCUUCGCUAGUAUGAAUACGGCUGAAAACGAUACCCGUCAUGUAAGCCUCUUAUCAUAUGUUACCUGACAUUUGUAGCUUUAAAAUCCUAGCGUUAAAAUAUUAGUUACGAUAAGAUGUAGCGUACGUUUGCGUAAUAAAUUGCUGGGAUUUAAGGUGGCUCCGUUUAUUAAUACCGGCGCAUUGAGUUAUGACGAACGUUUCGCUAUAACCUUGGUUUUAAUGCGAUAGCCACGAAACUUUGAAAAGAACAACUUGGAAAAACGAGGGAGAACAGCUAUUGGUCUGUAGUUGGAAAAAAGUGUUUCAUCCUCAUUUUUGUGUAUUGGACUAAUUAAGGAAACCUUAAGUUGUUCUGGGAUUAUGCCUGUUAAAGGAGAUUUGUUAUUUAUGAUUUUCAAUGGGUGCUUUAGUAAGUGUGCUACUCUACUUAUAACGUUAGGUUGAAGUUCAUCAAAGCCACAGCUUUUGUUAGUAGUUCUUUUCCUAUUUCGUCUUCUGUCACAGGCAUGAUAAAAAAAUUCUCACCUUAAUCUCUACCUAAGUACGUUUAGACGAUUUAGAAGAUCCUGGUAUGUUUUUACUCGAUUAGGAUCUACGCGAACAAAAUAUCCAUUAAAAGUUUCAGCUAUAAUAAGGGGAUCAGAUAAUUCUUCACCAUUUGGUAGAACACUUUAUGGCAAACAUUUCCUUGAAUGCCCUUUGUUUAUUACUUUGUUAAUUAAUUGCCAUGUUAGUUUUAUAUCUUUGUGAACUUCACUAAACUUUUCUUUUCAGUGCCUCUUUUUUGAUAUUUGUAUGCGAUGGUUCAGUUUAUUUCGAUAUCUUUUAUACUCUUAUAUUGUCUGGUGUUGGGG